UACGUAGUUUAUUUCCACUGCCGGCGAGUUCGAUUGCGGGAAGUCGCGUUCGUCAGUCAACGACAAAAAGAUCAAUCGUGUUCUUUUUUUCGCGAGCCGUCCACCAAUUUAAACGCGUUUCGGGAUUCGCGACUCGCGUAUGCGGAUUCCGCGUAAUUCGAUGCUCGCAGGUCAAUCGUCGCCUGUGUUCUGUCAAUCGAGGAGAUAUUCGUUCAAAGAUAUAUUACAAUACUUACGCGCGAGUUGUAUUGCCGAUAUGUAAACAUGUUUAUAUAGCAAGUACCGUAAUACCACGACAAUGGCAUCGUUGAAAAAAAACUCAUAACGCAAAUUGUUUUCAGGUACGACCUAUCUCGAACUCUUGUAUACGCCUGCGUCGAAAGAAAAGAAACACGCCACAAUACGUUCUCAAUCACGGUAGAUUUUAUAGUCCAUUUGACGAAAGUGAGAAAGACUCAUUGUGAGUGUCGUGAAUUUAAUCGCAGUUCGAUGGCGACUUCGCGUUUGAUUGUUUCUAAUCGGCAGAAUAUUUAUACUAUUGAUAUAAAUACAAAUGAAAGAACCGCAAUUCAUAAUAAACGGAACGCUUAGUUAACCACAAUUGAGGUUAACUAUUCGAUUAUAGAUACUCGCGUAUUAUUUGCUUAUAUAUUAUUGAAAGAUAUCGUUUUUAUCUCCACGAAUGAGUAUUGUGCGCGUAAAAAUCGAUGAAGAGUGUAAAAAGGUGCGUGAUUCUAUCGUAAUUGUUGCGCGAAAGUUCAGUGCAAAUAACAUGUUGAUUGUGACAAUAUACUCAAAUUGUAUCAAUUACCUGCGGAAUAUUAAGCACGACGAUCGUGAUUAAAUUUGAUCGGUGCACGAGUGACGAUCGCGCAUUUAACCUAAUUAACUUCGAUAUAAUCGUACCGACGUGUGAGUAAGUCAAACGAACUUGAUGACGGAGGCUGCUUGCGUCGUCGAAUCCUGCGAAAAGAUUGCUGCCCUUGUUGAAAAAUGCGAUGACUCGUGCGAAGGAUGUGACGUCAGCGAUGUUCGCAGAAUGAAGGUCGUGCUGAUCGCAGAACGGACGUAAGGAGGUUCGAAGGAGCGUAGAUGAGUUCUACUGUCUACGUCCUCGAUCGACAUUGUGUGCUACAACCCUACUAUUGCGCAUCGUGCCGAACGAGCUUCCAGUUCUAUGCUGGCGAACUUAUUCGGUACGACCUGGGCUUACGUCGGGGUAGCUAGUGAACCCUCUCUCGGUGGCGAAAGGAAGAAUAAGACGGGGAGGCAGUCGACGAGAAAGCGGGCGAGUCCGCGCGGAAGAAGAAGAAGAGGAAGUCCGGAGAACGCAGGCGCAGGCACCGUAGGUGAUGUGAGGCUGGCGCCCGCCUCACGUCUGGGGUGAUGCCCUCCAGUGAGCCUCAUCCCCCGUACCACCUUCAGCACCACAAUAUUCCUCCGUCGCAUAUACAGCAGCACACGCCGAGCGCGAUCGAGCAUCAGUUCUUUCAGCAGCUGGUGGCGGUCCAUCAUCAGCAGCAGCAACAGCGACAACAGCAACACGGCGGGCCCUUUCAAAAUUCCACGUACGCGCAGCAGAAGCAGGAGAUGAGCCCGGAGGAGGAGGGGGGCCGAGGGGGUGGGUCCCCCCCGGCGGCUGGGGCUGCGUUACAUCAGCCCCAUCACCCCCGCACGGCCAGUCCACCUUCGGGCACGGAACCCUGCACCCGCGACGCGAUACCGACACCUACACCUAUCGCGGACACCACCACCACCACUACGACCACUACUAUGACGAUGCAAUCGCAGGGUCAGCAGCAACAGCAAGGCCCUAGUCCGAGUCCGAGUCCGACGGGCGGCGAUGUGGAAAAAUUCGACGGUAAGAUCAUCUACAAUCCGGAUGGGUCGGCCUACAUCUUCGAGGGCGAGAGCGAGCUCAGUGAAGACGACUCUCUACCUGAUGGUUGUAUCGUGGACGGGCGCGGUGUAUCGGUUCCUCACUCUUUAGUUUUCCCGCAAAUCGCGAACGCGUACUACGUAUCGCGGUUGUAUGCGCAUCAGGCCUAUCAGCAGCAGCAGCAACAGCAGCAACAACGCUCGACGGCCCAACAGCACAAUCCCGAUCUUCCCGUAAUGCACAGUUACCGGGUGAUCAGUUACAGGAGCGCAGAGGGUAGUAAACAACAGCCCGCUCCGAAGUUUACGGCGCCACCAUCACCUGCAUCAGUGCCCAUCAAACCUAUCUUAAUGUGUUUCAUAUGCAAGCUCAGUUUUGGAUACGCGAAAAGUUUUGUCGCGCACGCUCAGGGCGAGCAUCAACUUACUUUAAUGGAGGACGAACGACAGAUACUUUCACAAUCGACAGCGUCGGCUAUCAUUCAGGCUGUGGGUAGAGGAAAGCAGCCACUUGUUAGUUUCCUGGAGCCUGUCACGAAUUUGGCUUGCACUCAGGCGUUACCCGCGCAAAUACAAGGUCAACAGCAUCAGCGUAAUGAGUCUAACGAACACGAGACAACGACAACGAACACACCGGCGAGUACACCUGGCGUACCUAGUAGUCCUCAACAACAGCAAUCGCAACAAACGCAACAGCGACCCUCGCCGAGCACUCCCACAACGCCGACGUCACAUUCGAAUCAUCCUCUCACAUACAAUCAUCAACAACAUCAGUGGACCGGCGCGCAGGUCAGUGCCGUAUCCUGGGCCAAGGCUCCCGAUGUCAUGCAUUACAGCUCACCACCACCGUCGGCUUCGUCAGUUAAAGGAUCUCCAUCUUCAUACGCGCUUACUCAUCCACAAAACCCACCGAGUUACAGUGGCGGUACCACGAUAGGUGUGUGUUCGGAUCAUAUGCAAGGCAGACCGAGCGGAGUAGAGUGCGGUAGGUGUGAAUUGAUAUUAGCUACCAGUCGACUCGCCGGUGCCGGUGGACCGCUCGUUGGCAUCCACAGCCGAAACUCUUGCAAAACUCUGAAAUGUCCUAAAUGUAACUGGCACUACAAGUACCAGGAGACCCUUGAGAUACACAUGAAGGAGAAACAUCCGGAAAACGAGACAUCUUGCAUCUAUUGCAUCGCUGGUCAGCCGCAUCCUAGGUUAGCGCGUGGCGAAACUUACACUUGCGGCUACAAGCCAUACAGAUGCGAAGUAUGCAAUUAUUCUACCACGACGAAAGGCAAUCUCAGUAUACAUAUGCAGAGUGACAAACAUCUGAACAACAUGCAAGAAUUGCAGCAAGGUAGCGGGGGUGGUUCCGGUACCAGCAACCCCUCCUCGUCUCAGGAAGCGCCAAUGCCGACACGGAGUCCUCACCAUCAGCAAAAUCACAAUCCACAUCUGACCGCUCAGAGUAGUAAUCAGAGUAAACCGAAGCAUUCGUUUCGCUGCGACGUAUGCAACUACGAGACGAAUGUCGCGCGGAAUCUGAGAAUACAUAUGACGAGCGAGAAACACACACACAACUCGCUCGUUCUGCAUCAGAAUAUCAAGCACAUGCAAACAUUGUCCGUGUUGUCUCACCAUCAUCAAGCGCAGCAGCAUCAUCAGCAGGCGCAACAACAACAGCUCGAACAAUUGCUCCACUUAGGCGGUCUGGACAAACCUCCGCAACACGCGGAGGCGGCAUUGGCUGAUAUGGCUUACAAUCAAGCGCUUCUGAUACAAAUGAUGACCGGCGGUCCACUGCCACAACAGCUCCCGCCUGACAUCAUGGCGAACAUGGCUGCCAUGACUAAUCUUGGCGGCGAUGUUGGGCUUUCGCCGGACAGCAUGGAGCCGCCGCCAGAACCCGCGGACCAAGAUCCCACCCAUCUUUAUCACUGCUGUGUCUGCAACAACUUCGCGACGGAUUCACUCGAGGCUCUGGGCCAUCAUUUGGCCGUCGAUAGAACGAGGACCCGCGAAGGCGAGAUACUUACGGUGUUAAACGCACAUUUCAUUUGCAAGCUCUGUUCCUAUAAAACCAAUCUGAAAGCGAAUUUCCAGCUGCAUUGUAAGACUGACAAGCAUCUGCAGCGGCUGCAGCACGUGAACCACGUGAAGGAGGGUGGUCCACGUAACGAAUGGAAACUCAAGUACUUGGCGUCACCCACGAGCGCUGCACAAUUGCGCUGUCACGCGUGUGAUUACUACACUAACAGCGCCCAUAAAUUGGCUUUGCACGCCGCCUCGCCCAGGCACGAAGCCGCGGCGCUUCUGCUCCGUCAUCUUAUUGAGGCGAGCAGCAAUAUCCAAACUCCUGGGAAAUUGUAUCACUGCGCUCUGUGCGUAUUCAGUGCCAAGCACCGAUUGCCGCUCCUACAACACGUGAAAUCUAUGCGACAUUUUCAAAUGGAGCAGUUACAUCAGCUUCACAGGAGAAGCAGCCUCCAAGGAAACGAGACUCCGCACACGGAUAUCAGCGACGUGUUUCAGGUAGUGAGCGAUCCCGAUGUGCCGCCCACGCAACAACCGAGCCCGACCACGCCAACGACACCCAACGCUACAAGCACCAACAAUGAACGACGGGAGGAAGGUAGUGAGUGCGGUAGUGAAGUGAAACAAGAACCGGAUAAUGAUCCAGAACCGGAAAUGGAGCCGGAGAAUGAUCAAGACGAAAUUACGUGCCUAUACUGUACGUAUCAGCCGACGUCGCGGGAAGAAUUACGACAGCAUUUGCAAGUGGCUCACGUUCAUGAUUCGGAAGAGAAAACUGAAGCAGUGAAGGAAGAGCCGACGCCGGACUUAUUAUGCCCCUUGUGCCAAGAUAGUUUCAAGGAACGUCCUGCUCUCGAGAAACACGUGAUGCAAAUUCAUUCCGUUAACACCGAUGGCCUGCAGAGGCUAUUACUACUGGUGGAUCAAAGUCAUUGGCUGAAUAAUAAUCCGAGGAAUACUUCAACGCCAGCUGUAACAGCUGCAACGACGCCAACAUCGCCCACGACAACGACGAAACCCCAUCAGGAAGAAGACAUGAGCGAACGGAGUGGCAACGAUGACAUCGAAGAACUCAACAGGACUGUGUGUACUGUGUGUGGUCGAACUUACCGUUCUCCCGAAGACCUUCAGCAACAUCACAGAGAAAAUCAUCCAGCUACUAUGCUCACUUUAGCAGUUAGCGAGAAACAUGUUUACAAGUAUCGUUGUGGACAGUGCAGUCUCGCUUUCAAGACUUUGGAGAAAGUUCAACAACACUCCCAGUACCACGCGAUCAGAGAUGCAACCAAAUGCACCUUCUGCGGACGAUCUUUUCGUUCAGUUCAAGCGCUUCAAAGACACUUGGAAUCUACCCAUGAUCUCCAUGAAGACGAAUUAGCUCAGUACAAACAGAGCUUAAUCGCACAUCCCUUGCUUCAAGCGCUUACGGAAGAAACAUUGAAGAGGCAAAGCGGCUUGAUUGGCGAGCAGAAUGUGGAAGAUGAUGCCGGUAGAGGUGACGAAGAAGAAAGUGAUGCUAGUGAUUCGUCUCCGUUGCAGAAAGAGCAACGUCUACUAGAGGAUUAUUUAAAUAGCCAAACAAUUGCUGAAGAUUCUUAUCACGAUCCUAAUCGAAAAUUCAAGUGUCACCGGUGCAAAGUGGCCUUUACGCGUCAGAGCUAUCUCACUGGUCACAACAAGACUUUGUUGCAUCGCAAAGGUGAAAAGAUGUCUUAUCCAAUGGAAAAGUAUCUGGAUCCUAACAGACCGUACAAGUGCGAUGUUUGCAAGGAGAGUUUCACACAGAAGAACAUACUUCUCGUGCAUUACAACAGCGUCAGCCACUUACACAAACUAAAGCGAGCGAUGGCACAGGAGCAAGGUAACAACAAUACAUUGAUUUCGGUAGUACCUCCGGCCAGUCCGACCGAAUCGCCCGAUUCCCAACAAGAUCAAGACAAGAAACCUUACAAAUGCAACAUCUGCAAAGUCGCAUAUACCCAGGGAAGCACCCUGGAUAUUCACAUGAGGAGUGUCCUUCAUCAAACGCGUACCAGUAAACUGCAGGAUCUUGCAGCUAGCGGUCAGGUAGAUCUCGCUCGGCCACUAAUUGAGCAACCAUCGCCGAUAAGCCCAACCAGUUCACCCGUUAAUAGUAACACUAGUAAUGCAAGCGGGAUGCUUUGUUGUUCACGCUGCAGUGCUCUGUUCGUCAAUCAGGAACAAUUAGCAACACAUCAGCAACUAUACUGCAUUUUUAGUAAUCCACUGGCAUUGUUUCAACAAUUAGCUGCUUCGCAGCAAUUAACCUCAUCCACUCCGGCUAAGACACCACCUCCUACAUCCACGACGCCAGGACCGCAGCAACACAUGCAACAAGCCACGCAACAUUCGUCGCAGGACAUUCUAUCCCAACCUCGACAUAAGACCUCGCAAAUGUACAAACAUCUUUUGGAAAGCUUCGGUUUUGAUCUCGUCAUGCAGUUCAAUGAGAAUCAUCAAAGACGGCAGCGUAAAGAGGAGGAAGCGGCCGCCGCUCUUCAAGCGCAGCAGGAACAACAAAAGCAGGAACAGCAGAAGCAAGCUCUCGCUGCUCAAGCCGCGCAAGAGAAAGAGGAAGAAGCUGAGGAGACUCACAUUGAUGAUGACGUGAUACCCGAGCUUACACGCAGCACUUGCCAGCACUGUAACAAAGAAUUUAGCAGUGUUUGGGUUCUGAAGGCUCACUGUGAAGAGGUCCAUCGCGAUCUUGUACCGCGCGAAUUCCUCGAAAAAUAUGCGCAGCAGUUCAAAUGCGAGUACGAGAAGAAAAGCGUGGUGGUGACCGUCGCGACAUCCUCAUCAACUACUACGGCGCCGAGGAGCUCCACGCCUGCUGCUGGACAACCACAAGAUCUUAGCUCCGAUAAAGAAUCACGCGAAAAAGAAAAGGAAGAAAACACUGAAUGCAAGGAACGUAUCAGCCGAACACCAGAAGCCACAUCAACUACUCCAGCUACUACUCCGGCAUUGAGUAACACUCCCGUUUCAAGUACAGACUCUACGACGCCGACUGUACUGCCUACCAAUUCGCAUCACAUUUCACAACAGCAGCAGUCACAGCAGCAGCAGCAACAACAACAGCUACAGCAACAUUCACAACUUACAUUUGCUCAACAAAUGUCCGAAAUGCAAGCUGCUUUGAACGCAAUGGCGGCAUCGCAACUACAGCAACAUCUGCAACAAUAUCCGGGAUUGAUGAUGGGAAUGAUGGGAUUACCAUUCUCAUUGAACGCUGUACCUGCUUUGGCAGCUAUGAACUUACAGCCGCCUUUAGUGCCAAUGAUGUUACCACCACCACCGUAUGAUGGUGCCGCCGCCGGAUAUCCACCAAUUAAUCAAGCGGAUCUUCUUGCUAAACAGCAUCUUGCUCUUCAGCAACAACAGGCGGCAGCAGCGGCGAACGCAGCUGCAUCACAGAAACGAGCGCGUACGCGUAUCACAGAUGAACAGCUAAAGAUACUACGCGGCCACUUUGAUAUUAAUAAUUCUCCUGGUGAGGAACAAAUUUUGGAAAUGGCCGCCCAAAGCGGUUUGCCGCCUAAAGUUAUAAAACAUUGGUUCCGAAAUACGUUAUUUAAAGAGCGGCAACGUAACAAGGAUAGUCCUUACAAUUUCAAUAAUCCGCCAAGUACCACUUUGAAUCUCGAGGAAUACGAAAAGACAGGUGAAGCGAAAGUGACCCCAUUAAAUUCCAGCGUAUCUGGCAGUUCUUGCGACGAUAAAAGUCCAAAUAAGCAAGUCACGCCUCCACCAUCUAUACAAAAUGCAAGCACAUCGCAACUUACCGAGAUUAAACAGGAGGCGCCGGAGCAAUCACAGUGUCAACAACAACAGCAAAGUCAACAACAUCAAGAAGAGCAGCAACAUCAUUCACCCGGUAGCUCGGGUGGCCAACAAUCACGACCGCAUUCACCUGCGCUCAGUAUGAGUUCUGUAUUCUCGGGCAUCCAUCAUGACAUUUCGUCUCAUCCCCCAUCGACUACAAACGCCCCGAGUACUCCAAUGUUACCGCCGAAACUGGCGCCCCAAAAUUUUGCCAAUCCUACUCCGGGAACAGGUAACGUAGUGUCGAACGCGAUCGCUGCCAUGGCACUUACACCGCAGAGAUCUCUUAGCCCGGGCCGCGGACCGACGGAUUAUUCUUUCGGCGGCAAUAGUAAUGGCAGCAACGCUUCCGGCGGCAGUUCCGGAAAACGCGCCAAUCGAACGAGAUUCACCGAUUAUCAAAUAAAAGUUCUUCAAGAAUUUUUUGAGAACAACGCGUAUCCGAAAGACGAUGAUUUAGAGUACCUCAGCAAGCUUCUUGGUUUGAGUCCGCGCGUGAUUGUGGUGUGGUUUCAAAAUGCUAGGCAAAAGGCACGUAAAGUGUAUGAGAACCAACCUGCCGCCGAGCCCGUGACAGCGGGUGGACGCGAGAACGAUGAUGGUUCCGGUAGAUUUCAGAGAACACCAGGAUUAAAUUAUCAGUGCAAAAAAUGCCUGCUAGUAUUUCAACGAUAUUACGAACUUAUACGCCAUCAAAAGACGCACUGCUUCAAAGAGGAAGACGCCAAGAGGAGCGCGCAAGCCCAGGCUGCGGCGGCUCAGGUUGCCGCAGUUCUGAGUUCCGAAGACAGUAACAGCAGUUCUACUACAACAACAAAUAACACGGUAGCUAACAAUCCGUCGGCCGCCCCUGCGCUCGCCGAACAAUUACAACAACCAUUGAACACCGCCACGCCUCCUCAUCAACAUCAGCAGCAGACACUAUCUCAAACGCAUCAACAGUCUCAGCAGCAGUCGCAACAGCAGCAAUCGCAACAACAGCAAUCACAAACGGAAUCAAAGGAAAGUAGCUAUCAGUGCGAGAAAUGCAAUUUGGUGUUCGGACGAUUCGAGCUUUGGCGCGAACAUCAGCUAGUACAUAUCAUGAACCCGUCUCUGUUUCCGCCAACCUACCCACCUGAUACACCUUUCGGAAUUCUGCAGCAGCAAGCACUUAACGCUACCUCCGGAGUUACAACAGACACUCCGCAUCCGCUCAUCGCCAUGAUGCAAAAAAGAAAAUACGAAGACUCCGAGGAGGGAACGGGCAGCGACAACCGUUUAAACUCGGAACACAACGAGCAACCGAAGGACAAACGUUUGCGAACUACGAUACUCCCGGAACAACUGGACUAUCUCUAUCAGAAGUACCAGAUCGAGUCUAAUCCAUCGAGGAAGAUGCUGGAGACGAUCGCCCGCGAGGUCGGUUUGAAGAAACGCGUAGUGCAAGUGUGGUUCCAAAAUACACGCGCUCGCGAACGUAAGGGUCAAUUCCGCGCCCACAGCCAAGUGAUCAACAAGCGCUGUCCGUUCUGUCCGGCGCUAUUUAAAGUAAAGUCCGCCCUGGAAUCUCAUCUCAGCAGUAAACACGCGGAUCAGGUAGCACGUGGUGAAGUAAACAUUGACAAUAUCCCGGAUGAGGAGCUCUCGAUGGAAUCCGCUCCUUCAAAUUCUAGCACUCCUCAUAUGAUGCCACCGCUGUUUCCGCCGAUCAAUAGUGACAUGGAGGCAUCUUUAAAGUCUUUGAAAACCUCUUAUUAUGAGGAAAUGAAGCGAUACUUUAGCGAGCUGGCGCACGCCAGUAAUGGAAAGCAAGAAAUAGCGAAUCAUCAAAUCGGUCACAAUACCGAGUCACCGUUGGAUCUUAGCAAACCAGUCGAUCUCAGCCGACCCAUGAAACUGACUCUGGGCGGUCUAAGUAGCCUUCUCGAAGAGCAACAUGGCGCUCACUUCCGCGGUGGCAGCGAUUGCGGACCUCUGACUGAUUUAUCCGAGCGCAGCAUCUGCGACGAUGACAGCAUGAGCGAAACCACGGAAUUCCUAGACGAUGAAAGCGGGCCGGCGAGUCCGGCUUCGAGUACUCAGAGCUCGAGGCAAGGACCCGCUAGCGGAGGCACCGGGAAUACCUCUGGGCCGCCGGUGACCAAUGCACAGUCCAGCGGCGGGAACACCACUGGUCAAUCCGGCGGCAAGCGGUACCGUACGCAGAUGUCAGGCACCCAGGUGAAAGUGAUGAAGUCGCUAUUCUCGGAUUACAAGACACCGACGAUGGCAGAAUGUGAAAUGCUCGGCCGCGAGAUCGGCUUGCCGAAGCGGGUGGUCCAGGUGUGGUUCCAGAAUGCCCGUGCCAAGGAGAAAAAAGCCAGGCUAGCGGCGGGUCUGCCGGCCGAGAGCUCAGCCGUUCAACCGCAUCGCGGACCGACCGGACCAGACGAAUGUAGACUGUGUUCUGUGCGCUACUCGGCCAAGACCCCGCUGCAGGAGCAUGUCUUCUCGCGGCGGCACAUCGAAUCGGUACGCGUCGCUGUCGAAGAGGGCAGUCUGGUGCCGCCAACUCCCGGAGCACCGAUCGUGCUAGGUGGCGGUGGCGGCGGCGGUCCUGGUAUCAGCAAUUCGCCGGUAGUCGCCACUACCAGUCAGCAAAUCAACCAACAGCAGCAGUCGGACGAAAAUAUGAUGUACGGAUCCGUGUUCCUCCACCCUACGGCAAUGUUCCAGUCGCAGCAGCAGCAGCAGCAUCCCGCCGGUGCUACGGCCAGCGCAGCUAGCACCACUACCGUAGCGGCUGCGGGCUUGAGCGGUGGCCUACUCGGGGGUGGUCUAAUGUCGCUGCACGUGGAGGGCGGCACGCAAGUGCAGGUACCGCGGGCUUUGAUGCAGGCGUUCCUGCAACAGGAUCCAAAUCACCCGGGCUUGGAGACGGUACGUCUGCCGUGCGUUCCUGACGAGACGAACGUCGUGCCGCAGCACUGCCGCGAGGCGGAGAUCGAGCUGUGCCUGGUGUGCCGCCGUUGCGGCCGAGCUUAUCCGCAAGAGUCGACGUUGUUGGCGCACCAGCGUUCUUGCUACCUGGGCAAUCAGCAACGUCGGGGCGCCCUACGUCUCGUGCAGAUGCGCUAUGCCUGCUCGCUUUGCGAACCCGGCGUCCCGACGCGCACUUAUGCUACCGUAAACGAUUGGCGUCGCCAUGCCGAGACGCUCCAACAUCGUACGCGUCUCGAGGCCGCUCAGCAACAACAACAACAGCAGCAACAACACCAGCGGCAACAGUUCGACAGCGGUGCGCAGUCCGGUGAAGAAACGAAUCCGCUCACCGACGAAAUGGAGGACGUCGUCAAUCAGAUCACCCUGUUGGCGGCUCGCGCGGCUGCUGAAAGCACGACUACUGGUCAACCGCAGGUCGGCGAGAGAGUCGGCGGUCAGGACAACAACAACGGACCUGACGCCAAACGGCAAAAGCUGGUCCAGGAGGUCACCGCCCUCGCCGGGGCACAUUAAGCGCCGCCGGAUUGAAAACCCAGGAGUUGGUCUAUCUCUUAUCUCCUCCAGAAACAGGAGAGAUGUGCGCGAUGGCAUCAAGGAUUAGUGGAAGGGGACGCAAGAGGCAGACACAUCGAAGAAAGACGGAAGAGAGAUGAGCACCGAUGGACGUCGCUCGGGGAAGGUCCGAUUCGAGGACGUCGCAGUGGACGAACCAAUGUUCCUAACCGGCGAUGAACGGGCGGCACGGGUGUGUACAUCUUGGUGAAGCACUCCGUCGCGUCGGGGGCAUCUGCCCCGUGGCGGUAAGAGGGGGGUAGGCGGGGGAGGCAUUACUAUUCUCUUG